CGUCUUAUAUAUUUAGUAUAUUUUGAGAUAUGUUCCUUUCCUAUUGCCUGGCUUUAUUUAGUUAGAAAAAUAUCUACCUUAUCAUUCCAAUGGGGCCAUUUGAUGCACAAUAUGUGGUUAAGAAACUAAAAAAUUAAUUCAUUGAAUCUUAUACGAAACACGAACACUCUUCGGAUUAGAAGUGUUUCGAUGCCCGGCAAGUUACCGACAUUUAUUAUUACAUUGAAUUGUGUCAUUUUCUCAUAUUAUUAUCAGUGUCGGCAUGUCUGUGUAGUGUCUGAUAUCCGUGUCCAUGCAUCUGUAUAAAGGUCAAGCCCACAAACAUCUAAAUCAUAUAUCCAACGUAACUAAGGCAUAUUUUGAUUUACAAUGGAUUUGUUUGGUUCUAUAAUAAUAGUUUGUGCACUCUUUUUCUUCCUAUGCGUCGUCAUCUUCCAAAUACAUAGAAGACGAUUUUGUAGAUACCCCAUCUUGAAAGAUUAUCCUUUUCUAGGCAUGUUACCUCCCCUUCUUUGGAACUUGUGGCAUAUUCAUGAUUUCCUAACUGAGGAAUUGAAAAAACAACAAAGGAGCACUGGUGAGUUCACGGGACCUUGGUUUACCAAAAUGAACUAUUUGGUCACUAGUGACCCCAUCAAUGUGCAUCACAUAAUGAGCAAGUGUUUUGCAAAUUAUGUUAAGGGUCAAGAGUUUCAUGAGAUUUUUGAAGCCUUUGGAGAUGGAAUAUUCAAUGCCGAUUCGGAGACAUGGAAAUACAAUAGGUCACUUUUUCACUCUAUUUUCAAACAGAGAGAUUUUGAAUUGUUUCAAGAGAAAAUUAUUCGAAAUAAGUUGGAGAGAAGCUUGAUUCCUAUAUUGGAUCAUGUUCAACAAAAAGGGUCACAGGUGGAUCUACAAGACGUCUUCAACCGUUUCACAUUCGAUAACAUUUGUUCUGUGGUUCUCGGAUGUGAUCCUAAUUGUCUUUCGAUUGAUUUCCCUGAUGUCACGUGUGAGAAGGCUUUUGACCAAAUUGAAGAAUGCAUAUUCUAUAGACAUGCUAUUCCAAGAGGUGUUUGGAUAUUGCAAAAAAUUCUUCAAGUUGGUCAAGAGAAAAAAAUGACCAAAGCAUCCAAAGAAUUUGAUGAAUUUAUAUAUGCAAACAUAGAGUCCAAAAGAGAGGAGCUAAGAAAAGGUAUAAAGAAUGAUGAAAUGGGAGACUUAUUAACAACUUUUAUGAAAAAAGAGAAGGAGUCACAAGUUAUAGUACAUGAUGACAAGUUUCUAAGGGAUGCCGCAUUCAAUCUCUUUGUAGCCGGGAGAGAUACUAUAACUUCGGCACUUACAUGGUUAUUUUAUCUUGUGGCUACACACCCUUUAGUAGAAACCAAGAUUCUUGAAGAGAUUAAAGAAAAUUUUGGGAGCAUUAACAAUAUUGAAAAGAAGUUAGGGGUUGAUGAUUUGAAAAAGUUAGUUUAUCUUCAAGGUGCUAUAUGUGAGGCUAUAAGGCUUUUUCCUCCUAUACCCUUUGAGAGAAAGCAGGCAAUUAAAGGUGAUAUACUUCCUAGUGGUCACAUUGUUAAUCCUAAUACAAUUAUAUUAUUUUCUUUGUAUUCAAUGGGUAGAGUUGAAGAGACAUGGGGAAAAGAUUGCUUGGAGUUCAAGCCACAGAGAUGGAUAUCCGAGAGAGGAUACAUUGUUCAUAAUCCAUCUUAUAAGUUCUUUAGUUUUAAUGCCGGACCUAGGACUUGUUUGGGAAAGGACUUGUCCUUUAUUCAAAUUAAGAUGAUAGCAAUUUCUAUUUUGUGCAAGUAUCGUGUCCUAUUGGUGGAAGAUCAUGUUCCUUUAUUAAGCCAUUCAAUUGUACUUCUUAUGAAGAAUGGUUUCAAGGUUAGGAUAACAAAGAGAGAAAUUUGAUAGAAGAGAUCAAUUUCACCUAUAUAAACUAAUAUGUCUUGUGUUUGUGUGUAUUUAUUAAUGUAUGAUUUUUAUUUUAUAAUAUAUUAAUGCAUGUAUGAUGUUAUUAGAAUUGUGUUUGGGUUGUAAUUGUAAUAGUAGUACUAAUAUCUAAGGAGUAAUUGUAGUAUUUUCUUGCAUUUUUAAUAAUGUAUGGGAAUGAAUAAUUCAUUCUCAAGAGAAUAAUGUAUAAUAAAUUAGUUAGAACUAUAUUGAAGUGAACUCACUUAGUUUGGCUUGAAA